AUGCCACAUCGAGAUAUUGAUAAACCUAUAUUAUUUGAAAUUGCAUGGGAGGUCGCAAACAAAGUUGGCGGUAUUUACACAGUUUUAAAGACAAAAGUACCAGUUACAGUUCACGAAUUUGGCGAUAGGUACACAUUGAUUGGUCCAUUGGUACACAAAUAUGCUGCUACCGAAAUAGAAUCAGAACCAGUAACUAAUCCUUAUUUCAAAGAAAUCCUUGAUGAAAUGACAAGACAGAACGUUAAAUGGGUGUACGGUCGUUGGUUGACUGAAGGCGCUCCUCAAGUAUUACUUUUGGAUAUAAAUUCUGUUAGGGAUAGGCUUGAUUCAUGGAAAACUGAUUUAUGGAAUUUUACCGGAAUCCCUUCUCCGCCAAAUGAUCCAGAAACCAACGAUGCAAUUCUAUUUGGUUACCUGAUUGGUUGGUUUCUAGGCGAUGUAAGUUCCAUUUAA